AUGGGGCCGCGGCUCGUGGGGCUGGCGGCAGCUCUGGCCCUCCUGUGCCUCCCCGACGGGGCCACGGCAGCCCCCGAGUUUUCUGGCUACCUGCGCAAGGUGCUCAAGAACCACACUCUCCACACCUGUGAUGGGGAGCAGCUGAUCAUCAUGUGCCCUCACAAGACCACUGUGAGCAUCCUUGGAGCCUUCUACGGGCGCCGUGUGCCCAGCCCGCACCUCUGCCCCAACCCCGGCAAUGCCUCCGAGGAGAGCAUCGAAUGCAUGUCCACCACGGCCCGCCAGAAACUGCUGGAUGAGUGCCAGGACCAACGAUGGUGCCAGUUCUCAGUUCACAGCCAAGUCUUUGGGCCAGAUCCCUGUCCYGGGACACACAAGUACCUUGUUGCUUCUUACAAGUGCCGACCAGCUAACCAUCGCAUCAAGACUGUGUGUGAGAACGACAAGCUGAGGCUGCAGUGCCGGCCCAAGUCCGUCCUGGCCAUCUACUCUGCAAGUUACGGACGGUUCCUGCGGGGCAAACCAGAGUGUGAUGCCCCGAACACCGAGAGACCUCAUAUAGAGUGUUUGGCUCCCGAUGCCUUGCGGAGGGUUUCCAAGAAGUGCCACCGGAAGGAGAACUGCACGGUGACCGCUGACAGAGCCACCUUCGGGGACCCCUGCUUCCCCGGCAUGAAGAAGCAGCUGCGRGUCUCCUACACGUGCGUGCCCAGGCAGCUGCUGGAGGAGGUGGGCCCUGACACCUCGGACCCCUUUCUGCUCUCAGACUACACGCACGGUGGCUGGUACAAAGGGCCCAGGUUCUCCAGGCUCCGGGAAGACCUGAUGAUUUUUACUAGCUCUCUGGAGGCCUUUGCCCACAUUUGGGGCAUCCCCGAGACAGCUGGCCUCUAUUUUCUUUGUGGUGUCUCAGGAGGCCUCAUGCUCCUGCUCUGCAUCAUCAGCCCCAAGAUGGCCUUUCUGCAGGACAUGCGUGAGGCUUUCAAAGACCCAACACUGGYAAGAAGCUCAGAGCUGAGCAAGGCCAAGCUGCAGGACGAACAGGAUGAAGACCUUCCUGAUGACAGCUCUUCAGACUCCUCCUUCCGCCGCCUCACCCGCACCUACCGGGCUACAGACAACAUCUUCAGCCCUGAGCUGACGGCAGCAAUGGAGGGGGCAGCAGAGCAUGGGGACCACCAUGGGGAGGAGAUCUGGAUGCCCAAGGAGUCCAGCCCUUAUGCCAUCCACAAGAUCAAAUCGGCCACCAAAUGAGAGCUGGAAGAGAGCUGCAAAGCAAUGAGUCGCAGGAGGGAGCAACGCAGAGCUGGACAUCUGGAUGCCCUGCAAGGAAAUGCUCCUCAGCCCUUCACUGAGGGAUGCUGGAGUUGGGCUCCUCGGAGCUGGCACCGCUGGGAUGGACUCGUGGGAGGUCCCAGACCACAGCAGCCACACGGCAGCCCUGGGGCAGUCCCACCACUGAGAGGGCUCUCCUGAGAAGACUCUUCCAGGAGAGGCAUGGAGACCUCGGCCCAGACCCCUCCGUGGGAAGAUGUGCUCCUGGGGUAAUAAGGAGCCGCGGGUUGGCUUGCAGGGCUGCCAGCUCCUUGCUGCGAGCACAUCUCUAACCCCCGUUUAAUCAACAGGUUCUUGCCAUGUUCUCUGCUUGCUCAGGCCUGCUGGCUCACAGCACUUAACCCUUCUCCAUCCAGCCGCACCUGGGAAACCUGGUGUGUGUCAGGAUCUGUCUCCUCCUGCUUCUUCCCACGUGCUGGUUCUCACCCCCGGCACUGUGGCUUGGAUUGGUAGCUGGAGUUGACAACUUAGGGUCCUGGAAUUGCAAAGAUACGGAGAGGACAAGCACUGACCUUGGAAAGAUGGUCUUGGUGGGGGUUGCCAGGGGCCACAAGUGCCACCCAGCACAGCCACGCGCCAGUAAGGAGGCCAGCAGUGCCUGGCACGAGCAUCGGUGCUGCUCCUUCUCUUGGUCCCAAUUACCUGGAGAGUGCUGCACCCUUGGGAGCUGUGGCAGCAUGGAGGUGAGGAGGGAAAUGUCCUCUUAGCRUUGCGGCUUUCGGGAGGCAUUUGCUCAAAUCCUGUGAACACUUGGAAAUCCUCUCACUUUGCGUCCUUCUGUGAUUUCCUCCUCGCUGCUUUUAUUCCAGGCUGGCUGGAGAGCUCCG